GAGUUCCCGCUUCGUCUACUCCAUUUGUGGCGCCAAAGAGCGAAACUGAAACUUUAUUUGGCAGAUCUAACUUUGUAUGAGCAAAUAAUGUUCGGAAGAGUAAGAACAUCGUCGUCUUCCUUGGACCGCCCGCCGUCGAAGAUCUUCAAGGAUGAUCCUCUCUCCAUUUACGAGUCUACCUUGAUGAAGCUUAAACUAGGUUCUCAGCGGGACGCAAGUCUUCCCUCUACGGAGACAGUUGAAGACAUGGAAAGUGACUGCGCUACAUUAACUGUUUCCAGAACUUCGGCGGAACAGCUUGAUUCUUCUACUUGUACAAAUAUCUCGGGAAGUUCCGAGCAUUUUGUAACUUCACCCGGUGAAGAAGAGGCAAUGGCGAUUGAUACUUGUAGUCCUUCUGCCAGUACUCAAUCAAGUCCUAGCGCCAGUGCUUUACCGAAACAGUUGCAAAGCAAGAACAUGCCACUUCUCUACUUAUUUUCCAGAUAUAACAGUACUAGGCAUGCUCUAUCAAGCUCGUCAGAUAGCGAGUCAUUGAGGGUUGUCAGUUAUUACGAUUCUGCAAGCAAUUCGCCGAGUUCCAGCAACUGCCAGUCUUUUGGCAGCUCAAACGAACAUCAUGUAAUUUAGAAUUGUUCAACUUCAACCGAGAACAAAACUGUAAGAUUUUCAAAGUGAGUUCACAGCAUACCGAAUUUCUUGGCGUAUCAUUACAAUUCAUCGGAGCAGCAAAGACUCCGUUUCAUUUGUGAAUCAUGGGUUGUACUAUUAAUUAAGUCGUUAUACUGUAAUAUUUUAUAUUAGUUGCUCACGAGAAACCAAAUCAGUUGAUUUCCUGUAAGGUUCGAUAUUGUAGCCUGUGUAGGCUGAGCUUGUAAGUCACAUUCCCUUCAAAUUCAAAAUAGCUGAUAAUGGUGCUCA